CAUAGUCGCGAGCUCUUUGAUUGAACACUAAAUUACGGCAAAUAUCACGCCAGCCGCUAAUCAAAAAUGCCCACAAACGAUGAAAGCGCACAUAAGUUCAAUGCCGACGAGCUACAAGCGCCGGAAUGGAUAAAUGAUGAUCUUUUUGCGAAAGUCUUGGCGAACUGCGAAAAGAAGGAUAGCCAAAUAAAAAUCAAAAGUACAAAAAUAUCUCCAGCCUCCAUGAAGGGCGACCACUAUGCGAGCGUGAUGUUUCGCGCACAGCUACAAUACCAGCUGGACGGCGUAGACAAGGCGAGAUCUGUGAUCUUGAAGACAAUGCCGGAAACGGAGGGCCACAAGAAAGAUAUGCUGGGCAAAACAGAUAUUUUUGAAAAGGAGAUUAUUAUGUAUACAGAAGUGAUACCGCGAUUCGAGAAGGUUUUGCGCGAUAUUGGCGAUAGUACUGUGCUCAAAGCAGCCUGUCUUUAUUACUCUUUGAGUCCGAGGAAGGUAAUUGUUUUCGAAGACCUUGUGCCCGUCGGUUAUGAGGUGGUGCGAGAUCGCCCACUAACAGAGGAAGAGGUGAAAGCAGCGUAUGACAAGUUGGCUAAAUGGCAUGCCAUAAGCCAUAAGAUAAAUUUGGAGGAUCCGCAUUAUUUCGAUAAGUUUUACCAAGGCGUAUUCAACAUGUCCGCCUUAGCGAAACAGGAUUUUGUGAUACGAGGAAUUACGACAUUCAUUGAAGUGCUAAGAGAAACACCCUCGUUGAGCAAAUAUGUGCCCUACUUUGCGGCCGUAGAAGCAACCACCUUCCAACAAUGUCGCGCCUCCUUUGAUGAGUAUCGGAAAUCGCCCAAGCCUGGCGCUUUCUAUGUGCUUUGUCACGGCGAUUUUCAUUGCAAGAAUAUGAUGUUCAAACAUAACAAAGAAACUGGCAAAUUCGAAGAUGUAAUGUUACUGGAUUAUCAAGUCGGAUAUGUCGGUCCCAUCGUGAUGGAUUUGAUAUAUUCAAAGUAUUUUAUUUUGGAUGAGCAUCUCCGUUUGGAGUUUCCAGCGCUUGUGUACCGCUAUUUUACUACUUUGACGGGCACUUUGAAGAAAAUAGGCUUCGAAGGUGAGCUGCCAAAACUCGCAGAGAUCCAUAAGCAGUUUAUGCGUCACAAGCACUUUGAGCUAUUUCUCUUAACCACUUUUUUGCCUAUGUGGAUGGCAAUGAAAGAUGAUAUCGAUAUGGAUUCGGUGAUGACAUCUGAAGAGUAUCGUCGCAAUUUAUGUAAAUCUGCAGAAUAUAUAAAGUAUUUGGAAAGUGCUUUGCCUCGUCUCUUGCAUCUGGGUUAUUUUGAAGAUUAAAGCUUUUUCAAUUAAAUUAAUAGGAAAAGUAAUAUGUACGUAUGUAUAUAUGUAUGUAUAUAUAGCACAUAUUUCGC